CUCUACACGCCGCAAUUGGCUGAAGCAGGCGGCUUUUUACGUUUCUGUCUGCCAAAGUGUGUACUCGUGUGUGUGUCAAUGUGACAGGGAAUUAGAAGUCUUUCCUAGACAUCCAGAAGUUGUUCAUGCGGCACAGGAAACGAUAUGCUGUCAAGAAGGAGACUGUAAGCACAAAAGGGAGAAGUGACAGAAUAUUUUCAGGAAUUUUUCAAGCGACAUAAUCCUGGAUCUGGGAGCAGCUACGUAAUUGCGGCAUUUUAUGCUCAGUGACAGAAGUGGCCGGUCCCGCUUCGAUAAUGGACUCUGAGAUUAUGUUUCAACCAGAGUCAGAUCAGAUGUCUCCAGUUAAGCCCAAUUCUUCAACCCUGGACCUGAUCGACACAGGGAAGGGGCUUAAGGUCCAGACAACUACGCCUCAUCUGGUUAGCCUGGGCAGCGGGAGGCUGAGUGUAGCAAUCACCCUGCUGCCACUGAAAGAAGGGGUGACCCGCAUAGGGCGAGAAGAUGCUUCAAUUCCUCAGGAUAUCACUAUCCAGGGGCCUGGCAUUGAGGCGGAGCACUGCAUCAUCAUCAAUGAAGGAGGGGUGGUGACCCUGGACCCCUGUGGUCACCUCUGCAGUUUGGAUGGAGUCCAGAUCAUUGUGCCUACACCACUCACACAGGGUUAUUCCUUGUGUCUGGGUAAAUCCUACUUCUUCCGGUUCAACCAUCCUGAGGAGGCAAGCAGAAUGAAGAGCAUGCUUCCACAAAAGAGCCCUGUGUCCGCUUUAGCCUACAACACUGACUACCUGAAGUUUAGCAGUGACUAUAACUACGAGGUGGUAGGAGGCACCAGCGCUCCUAGGGGCAUGCGUUCAGCCUCUGAACUCCGGGACUUGAUGGACACCCUGCAGCGCAAGAAGCUUGCCCUGGAGAACAGCCUGAGAGCCAACGGGAAUGUUAACCCCUCCUACUUCAGCAUGACACAGUCUCAGCCCACAACACCUAUCACGAGUCCUGCCACAUCCUCAUCAGCCUAUCAGGAACAGGCAAGGCGAUUCUAUGGCUCUGAUUGUCUGCUCAUGUCUUUGAGAUUUGCCCCCCCUCAGCCCCCUGGACAUCAGUCUGACCCUCCUUUUUUCCUGGCCUCCCGUGCCUCAGUUGGCUACAACCAGGACAACACCAGCAUUAGUGAUAGCCGGUGGCUGCACAACCAGGGCUCCUUCCCUUUACUGUCCACAUGUGGUGGAGGCUCUUCAACUUCUGUUGCUGGUAGCGAUAGCUUCCUCCUCUCUCUUCCUCCCUCCUCCUCAUCCCGCACUCCAUCGACAGGAGGUGCAGUCAGCAUGCCCUCAAGCCCCCGUCUUGGACGCCGUAGGUGUGAGAAUCAAGAGCCAUCACCCAGCAGUCAUACCAGGAAAUACUCAGCAGGCUCGCUGAGUGGGAUGAUGGGAGGAGGGCACAGCCGCUCACUGCCACGUCUCUGCCCCUCCCCAUCUCCUUAUGACAACAACAAUAGAGUGCUGACCUUGUCAGCGCUGCCCCCACGGCGAUCCCAUAUUGCUGGGAGUUACAAAUUUAGCAAAGACCAUUACAACAACAAGAGCGAGAAUGCCAGCCCUGACCUCAAACACAACUCUAUCCCUUCCCAGCUGGCCUCCAGAAGGAAUCAAAUCCAGACCACAAGUCAGGAAGAAGGUGUUGUGUCCCUCUCCUCCACAAACUUGCUCUCUACCACUCUCUCCAUCUCUUCCACAACAACCCCACCCGAUGUGACCUUCCCAUCCGGAGUGGGGGGCUCCUUUUCCCCUCGUGUGGCCAAAAAACUCAGCUUGACUUCCUCUAGCUCAGUGGGCUCCAUCAGCUCCAUGAGUUCUAGCCCUCCAGACCCAGAACGGCUGGCUAGCCAUGGAUUCUCCAAAGGAAUGGAGCUGUCUUUGGGGGACACGGAGAGGCGAGGGGCAGAUCUAGAACUCACUGAUGCCCUAGUGCUUGGUCUUGGAGAGAGGACGUCAUCCUUUGGGAAGGCAGGGGUGGAACCUGGGAUGGGGUUGGGUGAAAGGAGGCUGUCAUUUGGAAAGGCAAGAUUGACUCCACCGGGGGGGUUCAGGGAAAGAAGGGGGAGUAUCAGCUCACUCAGUCGGAAGGAGGAGCUGACUGACUACCACCAGCACCAAAAAGAGGAGAGGCUACGUGAGCAGGAGGUGGAGAGACUGGAGCGACAGCGGCUAGAGACCAUAUUGUCUCUGUGUUCGGAGCUGGGCCAGGCUGAGAGGGAUGGAAGUAGCACGACUGCAAGUCCCACUUCAGCUGUGGUGGAUCUCCAAAAGAUCAACCUGGAGCUUGAGAAGCUCCAACUGAACAAUGACAAUGACGACACACCAUCUCUCUUUUUGGACUUUUCAGCUGUCAUUGAAACAACAGGGAAUGGACAAAUGACCUCCCAUGGAUCAGAGAACAGUUACUAUGAUGAUGAUGUACAGUUACAACAGAGGCGCAGAAGUGGUCACCAAGACAAUAGGGCAGAAUCACCCACCGUCACUCUACAAAGCCUCGCCCCCUCACCCUCUCCACAUACACAGAGGAACAAUGAGGCUCUAGAUGAUGCAGCCCGUCACAGCACACAGUACAUGAGGCCUUCAGACGAGGAAGUGAGGCCAGGGGAGGACGAGAGGAACCAUGUGCUGAAUAGCAUGGAGGAGCUGGAGAAAAAGAUCAAAGAGCUGGACAACCAAAUGGAGGAAUCUGCCCGAGAGAUGGAGGUUGAACAAGCUCUGGUGGAGGCUGAGCAGGAGUCAGAGGUAGCUGCUCUCCAACAGGAAAGAGAUGCUUUGGAAGCACUUCACAACAAGAUGGCUGACCUAGAGACCAAGUCCCAACAAGAAAAAGAAAAGGCAUAUGAAUUGCUGCAGGCAGAAAGGGGCAGAGUAGAGAGGUUGGCUCAGAUUGUGUGUGAGCAGCGCUCCCGGCUGGACAGCUGCCCUGAGGCCACCAAGGAGCCCCUUCAGGAGCAGCUAGCCAGGGACUGUGAGGCGCUCGAGGCGGAGGCAAAGCGAUUUGAGGACCUGGAGUUUCAGCAGCUGGAGAGAGAGAGCAGGCAGGACGAGGAGAAGGAGACCUAUACACAGCAGCUUCUGCGGGAGAUCUCAGAUUACCAACGCAGCACAGUUACUCGCAAGGAGCGACUGUUAACUCUGAGUAAGCAGGCAGCACAGAUUACCCAGCAGGCUCAGCGAGAGAAGGAGAGCUUCUUGAUGGAGAGGAGCAACCUUGAAUCAAUGCUGCAAAGGGAGAGAGAAAACAUUGCUAUGUUGGAACGAAAAUAUGUCAACCUCACUGGUGCCCGGCGUUUCUCACUAAGAGAGGGCUAUGUCACAGUCAGUGAAAUCAAUGAGCUUUACUCACAGCUUAGUGGGGGCUCUAAACCCACCCCUGCUCUGGCCAGUGCUUCUGAGUCCAAGGCAAACCCCUCCCCUGAUGACGACACCCCCAAACCACCGGUGGAUGAGCAUUUCCGUUUGCUGGAGGAGAGGAAGAGGUCUGAAAAAGAAGGUGGGUCCCAUCUAAGUGACACAUUACCCAGGAAGAAAGCCACUCCCACCAUGACCCGCCAGUUCAUGUGUGCAACACUGGGACGCAGUUUCCCUACCGAGUCCCAUCCGCCCCUGGUACAGAGCACAAGUUGUGGCAACAUUCUUCCAAAAAUUCACUCAUUAUCCAACAAGGAAACUGAAUCUCGACGUUUGCAUAAAGUGGCGGGGCAUUGUGAUCCAAAAUUGAAGCUGUCAGGGCAAACUGUAUACCCAGAGGACAUGACACAAACAGGUCAGCCUGGCUCUCCAGCAGCUUCCCAGACUAACGUCUACCUUGAUGCCUUUGGGUACCGUGACAACCAGGCCUUUGACACAAUGAGUGUGGACAGUUCUGACUCCAUUGAAACCAGCAUCUCUGCUUGCUCUCCUGACAAUGUCUCCAGUGCCAGUACAUCAAAUGUGGCCAAGCUAGAAGAGAUGGAGCGUCUGCUGAGAGAGGCUCACGCAGAGAAGAACCGCCUUCUUGCACACAAGGAGCGAGAGAUGGAAAUUCGAAAGCAGGUGCUGGAGGAGGAGAGGAGAAGAAGAGAGGAACUGGAGAAAAGGCUACAGGAGGAGAAAAGCAGAUGCCAAAAACUUAUUGACCGUGAGGUAAAACUGCGAGAGAAACAAAGGGCACAGUCUCGGCCAUUAACUCGGUACUUGCCAGUGAGAAAGGAUGAUUUUGACUUGCGGGCUCACAUUGAGUCGGCUGGCCACAGCACGGACACAUGCUUCCACUUGUCCAUCUCUGAAAAGACCUGUCGAGGCUACUUGGUCAAGAUGGGAGGCAAAAUCAAAACCUGGAAGAAACGCUGGUUUGUCUUUGACCGCAACCGACGCACACUCUCCUACUAUGCAGAUAAGCAUGAAGUCAAGCUGAAAGGAGUCAUCUACUUUCAAGCUAUUGAAGAAGUUUAUUAUGAUCACCUGAAAAAUGCACAUAAGAGUCCAAACCCCUCCCUGACCUUCAGUGUUAAGACUCAUGACAGGGUCUACUACAUGGUUGCUCCCUCUCCUGAGGCCAUGAGGAUCUGGAUGGAUGUAAUCGUCACAGGUGCUGAGGGAUACACCCAUUUCAUGGUGUAGUGAAGAGGUUAUAGCAGCAUGAUAUGCCAACAUGCUAUGGCUCUUUGUGGCUUUAGUUUUCUAUUUCUUUUUUUCCUUGGACUUUAAGUGUCUGGAUGGAUAUUGUGGGUAUUUAUGCUGAAGAAUGAAGACAGUUUCAAUUGUGUUGAGACAGCUGCCUUGAGUUACUCGAGAUAAUUUUGUAACAUUUAAUCUGCAUCAUUGGAUGGGCAGGGUUUAAAAUUGUAUGCAGAGAAUUAAUGUGAAAAUUGAGGGCAGAUAUAAGAUAAUAAUUUUAACAUUUUUAGUCAAUCAUGCUCAGUCCAAAAAAAAGUAAUGAUGUUCAGGAGAUUUGCACUAGUGCUAUGGUGAUUUACAGUGCCUUGCAGUGGGCUCAGGUAUAACUUAAGGAAUGUUUUAAAAAUAUUGACCUGAUUUACGAUUAUAUUGGCUUAUUAUAACCCAUUUUCUUCAGAAAAGAGCACUCUGUGACUCAGUAGUUCUCUUUUAGCCAGUUGGAGCUCUUUAUUAUGUCCAUAUCAACAUCUCGUUAUUAACAUCAAUUAGUAAUACAUAAUAGUGAAUCAAUAGCUGUGUUUAUAGCUGUGUUUAAGUGGCAAAAAAAAAAAACCCUGAACAAUUUUAAUAUGUCAUGGAAGAACUAAAUUUUGUGAUCAGUUUAAUCGAUAUUUGGUAAUUUCAGGUGUGUUGUGAUCAUUUUUAUUCCAUUUCACAUGUACAAAAUAAAUAAUGCAUAUUAAUUUAGUAAAGGUAGUUGAGAAAAUUGAAUUUAACUUUUUUUUAUCUUAGUUUAAUUUCAUGCAUCAUUACUGUGGAAUUAUCAGAUCUUAACUGUUUGCAUGUGUGUAUGCAUUCAUUAUAUGAUUAUAUGUGAAUUUAUAUAUAUACAGUAUAUGUUAAUGAAAUUUCCGUUUUAUGUGUACACUUUAUGUACAUGUCUAUUUACUUUGAGCUUCUAAUGAAGUUCCAAGUUGCUGUUCUUACAUGCUGAAUGACACUAAUAAUCCAAGCCACCUCAGAUUUAAAUUGGGGUAUAGUUAUAAACUCAAAAUGGUGAUUCUUAGUCAUUUUUAAAAUGGAUUGUUGUGCUGGCUUUACAAUAGUGUCACCAAAGGCUCAGAAAUGAAGCUGAAACAACUGUUAAAACUUAGUUAGUGUCAGGCAAAUGACUCAUUUUUCCAUAUAAGGAGUUAAAAAAAGGUAGAUGAAUAGUGACUUUUAAUAAGGCACAGAAUUUUGAUGUUUGUACAUUUUGUUUGUUAUUUUGUGGUUUGUUUUAAAACAGUUAUGAAGUUAAUGAUCUGUUAUCAUCUAAAGAUGCCUGUUUGUGCCAUUUUAUUAUCAUAUUUUGUGUGACAUGCUUUUUGACAUGCGUAUUAUCUAUAUUUUACAGCUACAUGUGUCCAUAUACUAAAUUCCAAAAACAAAUGUUGAAAUAAUG